CGAAAAACUGACAGAAGUGGGCAGGACGCGCCGACACUUUGUAUCACAGGAGGGGGAUAUUUAACUUGGGAUAACGCUCUGCUUACAACAGACACGCACUCUCCCAUACGGUGUGCCCAAGCAGAAACCGGACAAAGCCAAAUACACAGACGUCCUAAUAACAGGAGCUAGUGUGCGCUAUCGGGGAUAAAGCUCCCUCGGGGAUUGUCACAGAUACUCACCGGUUUAGAGAUUCCGCCACUGGCUGUGCCGUUUCACUCUGCACUGGUGUUACGGCGCGCGGUCUCUUAAAACAGAUAAGGAUGGAAUCGAUGUAAAACAAGGACCGAAUGGACAACAAACUUCCCGAAUGAAGCCAAUAAUAUAUCACCCUCCGCCUAAAAUGGAGAGUUUGUGCAGGGGUUCAUAAAACCUGUGGAUGACAACCUUUCCAUCUGAAACUGGUUUCUUCGCUUUUUAACUUCUCCCCUGUCUAUACGUGGAAUUUACUUUUAUUUGGAAAGAAAAAAUAGAUAACCGUUCUGCUCUGGACAGACUUGUAGGCUACGUUGUGGCUGAUAUCUGAAUUUGCGAUCCGAAGUUGGACAGACCAUUCAUUAAAUAAUGUUUGACACCGGUAAGAAAGCACUUUCCUUUCUAUGACUGCGACAGCACUGAAUGAUAAACGACACAUUAGCCUCCAUAAAAAGCAGUUAUAGAACAUUUCAACUGGGCCUCUAAGGAGUGGAAUACUAAAAUCGUUUUUUUUUUGUUUGUUUUUUUAGUUGAAAGUUGGAUGUUUAUGUCGGGUGUGGACCUAGCUACUAAAUGCGAACUGUAAUCACUCACUGAAAGUGUGCACGAAUACAAUACGAGUUUCGUCCCCUCUGACUGAGUUUUUCAACUCUUCUAUAGAGAUUGUUUUUUGAUUCUCCUCUCGAACUCUCUUUGGAUGUAUUUUGUCCUGGGAAAACACGAGCCAUAGAACAGUUCACUCCUAGCAACACUCCCAGCGCCAGCCCUGUCAUCGAGUCUAGACAAUUUGUCGUGGCAUCGAGUCCCUCUGUAACCAUGGCGACCAUCAGAAACUCUCUGUGAAUUUUGGAGAAAAAGAAAAAAAAGAGUGAGGGAGAAGGAAAGGGUGAAGGGAGUAGAGGCUUUGCGUUUUGUUCGAAGAGUAAUUAUUCCGCAAUGAAGACAAAUCAUCUAUGUGAGAAGCAUGCGAUAGUGUGGAAAGAGUAGGGAGAGAUUUGGAGGUCUGGUGGAACUCCUUUCAUUCAAGUCCGGAGCAGUCUAUUAAAAGUCUGGCUUUAACAUUUAUGAAACCCCAGACUCUUAAAUUUGAAGUGCUCCGCCGCGGUGAAUAAUAACAAAAUCUAAGAAGAUAAAUAUGGGGGUUUCACAGGCGUUGCUUGUGUAUGUGUUCGUGUCCAUACAUCUAGGCGCCUCACAACAUUUUCUUCGCCUGCGUCCGUCACCCAGCGACCAUCUCCCUGUUCCCGAUCUUAAGGAGGAUCCAGACCCGGACUUUGAUCCCCGCGAACCGGACCUGGCCGAGAGGACUCUGAGGAAAAAACUCGGCAGCAACUUUGAUCCCAAUUUCAUGUCAGUUGGCUCCCCUGUGUCGGUGAACCUGUCGGUCCAAGACACGCAGUCGAGACAGCCAGGACCGAUGCCCAACGAAAUAAAAAAGCUGGACCUUUCCGAAACACCUUACGGGAGACGGGUGAAAGUUGGCAAAAAGGCUCGUCGGAAAUUUUUGCAGUGGUUGUGGACGUACACGCACUGUCCGGUGGUAUACACCUGGAAGGACCUGGGGUCGAGGUUUUGGCCACGCUAUAUCAAGGAAGGCAACUGCUUCAAUGAACGCUCUUGUUCAUUCCCAGAAGGGAUGUUUUGCAAACCCGUGAAGUCUAUCACCAAGACUUUCCUCCGGUGGUACUGCCAAGGAUUUUUAAAACAGAAAUAUUGUACGUGGAUACCGGUCCAAUACCCAAUCAUAUCGGAAUGCAAGUGCUCUUGUUGAGUUUCUGUGGAAAGGCGAUUGGGGAUGGACUAUAACACGGUUUCUAUUGCACUGUGAACUUUCAGAACAGAGAUGUGGGCUGUCGUGUUAUUUCGGAGGGCACCAUACGAAUCUAUUUUUAUAUAUAGUAUUUUAAUUGAAAUAUCAACAUUGUACAUAUUUAAGAUAAAAAUGCAGCUAUUUUUUUUCUAUGAACAGGACCAUAUUAUUUCAGCCCCCUCGAAAACGUUUCUUUGGGGGGAACGUAAGCACUUCAAAAGGAAGAGCUUUUAUUUUUAUGAAAAAUUGAAGAUGGAAUGCAACUUCUCCAAGAAGUUUUACUUUUCAUCCGAAUAUUAAUGCUGACUGAUCAUUUGAUGCAAAAUGCUGCCUAGGUUUUUGUAUAAUUGUAUUAAUAUUAAUUAAAUUGAAAAGUUGAGGAUAAAAAUAUAUAUAUAUAUGGGCGUGAACUCAGCUUUUGGAAUACAUAUAGUUUAGUAGAACGGUUACAAAUUUGUACAAUUUAUUUAUUACCUUAACGAUUGUGAGUAUAGAACAAGAAAAUAUAGAAGAGUAUACAAGUAAUUAUGCGAGAUGUUUACUUGAAUAUUUCUAAAAUAAAAGAACAUAUCACUGUAAAUAAUGGUUAUGCGUCUAGCAAUAAAAUCUAUCUAUUAAA